UUGCCCUCACUGGGGAGGGUAUGUGUGCUUUGCCUCAGAAAAACUGUUGAAAGCCUGGGUUUGUGAAGCAUUUUUUUGUUUUUAAAUCUUUUCCCUAUUUAUUCCAAAUAUGCCUUCAGAGAUGGAGCAAAAGGCAAACAACCACAACCACAAGCCCAUAAUAUUGAAAAGCCAGUUUCUGAAUUUAUGCAGCUAAAAAUGCAUCGUUUCAGGCUGUGACCACAGAGAGAUUGCUGGACUCCUGGAAUUGGGCAUAAUGAUGGUUUGCUGUAUGAUGAGGGAGGCUGUUAAUCUCUGUGGCCCCAAAGCCCAAUCUGUGGCCUCUCCAGUUACCCAGGUUGCCUAGCAACGCCACCAAAAGCCUCCCCACCAGGCAGCAACUGGGCACGCCCAGCCAGCCAGCUGCUUGCCUUCUGGGCCCCCGGGCCACAUCAAGGCUGGACUCAGCCCGGGAAGGGGCCCCGCCUGGUACCAAUGAAUGGGUGGAGCCAGCUGUUUAGAACAACAAUCCAGAUAUUUUAAACCUACUCGUUUCAAUGCAGCUAGGAAACAGCACAAACUACUGACCAUGAGUGUCUUCCACCAAAGAGGAGUUGUCCUAAGGGUAUUGGCCUUGCCAGUGCCCUUCUGGGCCAGGUGAAGGAGGGUCUCACUAAGUUGCCAAGACUGGCCUUGAACUUGCCAUCCUCCUGCCUCCGCCUCUGGAGUUGCUGGGAGUACAGGUGGAGGGAGGACUCCAGACAAUGGCUGCUGCUCAUGAUUUGGAGAUGGAGAGUGUGAAUUUGAAUAUGGAGAGAGAGAACAAAGAGCUGGAAGAAGAGAAAACUUGGGUGGAUGGGGGAGGAAAAGACCCCCCCAAGGGUCGAAAGGUCCACAGGAUCGUCUCAAAGUGGAUGCUUCCGGAACCAGUCCGAAAAACUUACCUGGAGAGAGCUAACUGCCUCCCGCCCCCAGUGUUCAUCAUCUCCAUCAGCCUGGCCGAGCUGGCAGUGUUUAUUUACUAUGCUGUGUGGAAGCCUCAAAAACAGUGGAUCACCUUGGACACAGGCAUCCUGGAGAGUCCCUUAAUCUACAGUCCUGAGAAGAGAGAGGAAGCCUGGAGGUUUAUCUCCUACAUGCUGGUCCAUGCGGGAGUUCAGCACAUUGUGGGGAAUCUUCUUAUGCAGCUGGUUUUGGGAAUUCCCUUGGAAAUGGUCCACAAAGGCCUCCGAGUGGGGCUGGUAUACCUGGCAGGAGUGAUUGCAGGUUCCCUUGCCAGUUCCAUUUUUGAUCCACUCAGGUCUCUCGUGGGUGCUUCAGGAGGAGUCUAUGCCCUGAUGGGAGGUUAUUUUAUGAAUGUUCUAGUGAAUUUUCGAGAAAUGAUUCCUGUCUUAGGAAUUUUCAGACUACUGAUCAUCAUCCUUAUAGUUGUGUCAGAUAUGGGAUUUGCUCUCUACAGAAGGUUCUUUGUCCCUGAAAAUGGGUCUCCGGUGUCCUUUGCAGCUCACAUCGCAGGUGGAUUUGCUGGAAUGUCCAUAGGUUAUACUGUGUUUAGCUGCUUUGAUAAAGCACUGCUGAAAGAUCCAAGGUUUUGGAUAGCAAUUGCUGCUUAUUUAGCUUGUGUCUUAUUUGCUGUAUUUUUCAACAUUUUCCUGUCCCCAGCAAACUGACCUGCCCCUAAUUUAAGCCCAAUAAUAAAAAGAGCCAUAUGAGGGAGAAAUGGAAAACUUUAUGAAGAAACAGAGUUCCAGCAAAUGCUAACAGUUUUAUAAAGAGUAUAAAACAACACCUAACUCAUCAGUUGCAAGCAAGGACUACUUACCAAAGGGCCUUCUGAUUAGAGGAAGAACCUUCUGAAUGCCAAGAGCAGGAAGAGAAAGAAAAAACACUAGUAGUAAAAGCCAGAGAUUGGGUCUUCCAGGCACAUGGUAUGCAUGGAUAUAUUCUAUAAAAGAGAACUGGCUUUACUUGGAGGACAUACUUUGGAGACUGUUUCAUAGAAUCCAUGGAUACUGUACUAUGUGAAAAAUAAAAACUUCUCAUAUCUGUGUUAUACUCUUGAUAUACUUUUUUUUUUUUUUUGUACUAGGAACUGAACCCUGGGAUUACCCAGACCUUGGGCAUACUAGGCAAAUGUUCUACCACUGAGUUACAUCCCCAGCACUUUUAAUUUUGAGACAAGAGUCUCACUAAGUUGCCCAGGGUGGCCUUGAACUUGUGAUCCUCCUGCCUCAGCCUCCUGAGAAGCUGGCAUUAUAAGCAUGUACCAUUGUGCCCAGAUAAAGUAUAGGUUUUAACAAGAUUAAGAUACAUGUAUUGCUCUGUAACUUGCUUUACAAUAUGACAGCGAUCUUUCUGUAUCAGUUCAUAGAGACCUUUGUUCUCUGAGUUGAAUGAUACAGAUAGUCCAUAGUUAAACCAUUUCUUUAUUGGACUUUUAAAUUGUGCUAGUUUUGUAUGGUUACCAAGAGUGAAUGUCCUAGUAUAUGCAGUAUAUUUUUAAGUGUUUGCUGAAUGAAUAUUUCAAGUAUCCAGUAGAAAUGUUAAUUGUGAUAGAUUUAAAUUGCUCUUUGAGUAUUUGUAUCCAAUUAUAUUCUUACCUAACAUAUACAAGUUUUCCUCUACUUUGAAAAAAGAUGAUAUUUGAAAUCUUGAAAUUUUUGCAUUUUGAUAGUUAGAAUAUAAUGCUUUAUUUGAAUUUAUCUCUGACUACUGAGGAUGAGUAUUUUAAAGUUACCAAUAAUUAUAUAUUACACAGCAUAUAUGUUUUAUAAUAUAUAAACAUUAAUAUACACAUAAUGUAAACAAGAAUAUAUGUAUAUAAUUGUUCCCUUGAUGAAAUGUUUCUGUUUAAUCUAAAAAGUAGCUUUUCAGGGGAGGAAUAUUUAUCUGCCAUGGCCAAUGCACCAGGUCACUAGCUCUGAAGAGACCUGUUUAAUGACCUGAAGUACAAUGUAAUUGUUAGUAGAAAACUAGAGAGAGCAACAGAAUUUAUCUAACCAUAAAAUCGAGCAUAACCCAUUGAUUAUGGGCUGAUGAUGAAGUUAUUAUCUAUUAAGAAAGAAAGAUUCUUUUGGUACUAGAAAUAUGGGUUACAUAACCAAAAAUAGUGAUGUUUUAUUGGCAAAAAUUACAGUAAAAACACAUACAAACAUCUCCUGAUGUCUUAAAUUUGACAUCUCUGAAUUACAGAGGAACCAUUUAUUUAGUUUAAUUUGGAGCUCAUAAUGCUCUUCUAGAUUGUAUUUUACUAUUAGGAAUUCUUUAAUAAUUUUUUAUCAGUGCAUAAUAAUUAGACAUAUUAGUGGGAUUUGUUGUUACAUGUUCACAUAUGUAUACAACAUAAUGUGGUUAGUUUCAUUCCCUGGAAGCAUUCUUUAUCUGUGAUGUCCAACAAAGUAGCCACUAUGUACAUGUAGCUCUUUAAGUUUCUAUUAAACAAAAUUAAAACUUCAGUUGCUGUCAUACACAAA